AUGAAAAAGAAGGGUUUAACUCCUGAUAAAGUGACAUUUAAUUCUGUUAUCAAUGGAUUCUGUUUGGAACGCAAUAUAAGGGCAGCACAGAAUGUUUUAUGUGACAUUUUAGAGAAGGGCUUGGUUCCUGACAUGGUAACUUAUAGUACGCUAAUUGAUGGAUACUGCAAGGGAGAAAUCAAAACUAACGACUUUUACUGUUGGACUAAAUCUGCAUUUGAUGCCUUGAAAAAGGCCGCAAAUUUGAAAAACCAGCAUGACAUGGACAUCAAUGACCUAAAUUCAGAGUUGAGCGAGAACCAAAGUAGACUGGCAGAGCUGGAAUGGUACAUUAAAAUAGUAUCUAAGGGCAACAGCUGUAGCUCCUAUGAUGUUUUCAGGGACCUGGGCGAAAAGAAAGAUUUUCGUAUUAAUCGGCAUAGAAUGAAUCUAGAAGAUUUCUGGGAUAAAAUUAUUGAUAUGGUGAAGAAUCAUCAAUUGCCCAAUGACUUCCGAUACCAAAACAAAUGGAUCAAUGCUGGCACUGCAUACAGAAGACUUGUAGAGCCUCUGGACGUUACAUACUUCUAUCAUCUGCACAGCGACAGGGGAAGCUAUCUCUCAACUAAGAACAGGCCGCUCCAUCAUAGGGUUCUGGAAAAAUGGCUGGAUGAUAAAAACCAAACUCGCAUUGAAAGAGGUAAAAGGGGGAAAAAGGCUCGCACAAAGUUUGCAUCCUUAAAUGAGGACUCUCGCUUUUGGGCUCGUGUAGAAGAAGCCCUGAAAACCCUUCAACAACAAGUCAUGACAGAAAGCCUUGAGAAGUUUGAAGAUUAUGUGUGGAGGAUGAUCACAGAUAAGAGUAGUAAGAUGGAACUUACUUUGGUUAGAUACUGCAAUCAUUUUAAAAACAUAUGGCUCUCAGUAAUUCAACAGUGGACAUAUCUGUUUAUCUACCAAACUUUGUUUUUUCAUCCACUUACUCCAAUGGUGGGAGGCAGUGGACCGUAA